GAUGUUAUGGUUAGGUUGUUGAUUAGUGGUGGAGACGGUUCAGUGGUGGUUGGUUAUUUUAUUUUGCUGUUUUUUGAAAUAAUUUUCAAAAUGGUUAGGAAUAAAAACUCACCGAAAAGAAUGCUUGCCCUGGCCGGGAAUUGUAGUUUGAAUAUUCAUAACGAGUUUAUACCUGUAAUCAAAAAACGUAAAUUCAGUUCCGCGAAAAAUAAAAGAGCGGCAAGAAAUUACACAGUGCCUUCUGUGGAAAUCGCAUCAAAGCAAUAUUACCUGGGCGAAACAAAAAUUGGGCGAAGUGGUGAUAGGUUCCCGGAUGAAUUUAAUGGCUGUAGUAUUGAAUUUGAACGGGUUGAGAAUGAAAUAAUUGAGCGAUUGAUUUUUCACUGUGGUAGUAGGAUUGUCAGGGUGAUUCCAGAUACAAAUCUAAAUUUUUUGAAAGAACUUUUGGAACUGAACGUAUUUUUUGUCGAGCCUUACUCCCGCGACAUCGAGGUGUAUUUUAAAUGGUACCUAAAGUCAUUGCCUCUGCCAAAGAUUUCUCCUAAAAUGGGAAGAUGCGUCAAGUGCGUCUUUGGUUUGCUUUUCAAUACAGGCUGUAUCAAUUCCGAGGAGCCAAAGUACCAAAGCUCGCUGAGCAACAUCGAGCUCGAUGUAUUGUAUUCAAGGUUAGCUGAUAGAAAAGUAGACCUGUCUAAUAUAUACCAACAAGGUAUGCAUCUUCACCAUUUAAGACCGAAGUUAAGACCAUAUCAAGAAAAGGCGGUGAGGUGGAUGAUAUACAGAGAAACUGUCGCGGAUAAUUUUAACGGCUCGCUGCAUCCCCUUCUUCGAAAAUUCACUUUACAAUCGGGCGUCGUUCUCUAUUUCGACAAAUAUACGGGUUGGGUAGGUAAAGAACCUUCCCUAGUGAACUCAUCGUGGAGCGGGGGUAUAUUGGCAGAUGAGAUGGGUCUCGGCAAAACCGUAGAGGUACUGGCCUGCAUUUUAUUGAAUCCCAGACUAAAAGGCGCCUUCGAUGGCGAGAAAUCCAGUUCAGACUCAAAGCUGAUUAUCAAAACUCAGAAGCCAAAGUCUGUGCAAGAGGAGUCGGGUGCUUCAACUUCAAGUACUGAAAGAGCCAAGCUUAGUGAACAGCUCGCAAAGUCCACUACUUACCAGACCUUGCACAAGUUAUACACCCAGUCUUUGAGCAGAUACUCUACUGUCGGAACCAGGGCUAAACCCGAGGAGCCGAAAGUGCAGUGUAUAUGCGGUAGCUCCCUUGAUCUGAGCAUUGUCAAGUGUCACGAAUGUGGAAAACGUCAACACCGCCAGUGUUUGGGGUACAGCGUUCACAAUAGCGACCCCUACAUGUGUCCCCAGUGUUGGUUACAUCAGCCGCUUCUCGAGUCGGGCGCCACGUUGAUCGUAACGCCUCGGACUUUACAGAAACAGUGGUGCACGGAGAUCGAGACACAUUUGAAGCCCAGGUUGAAAGUGCUGAGGUACGACGGGUUCGCCGCCGCCACGCCCAUAUACCCGACCGAGUUGAAUAAAUUUGACAUAGUCGUCACAACAUACAAUGUGCUACAGUCAGAGCUAAAGCUCACUGAAAUUAACAAGGAGUUGAAUCUGCGCCGGCCGCGUAAAUAUUGGCCAGGCGGCAGCCCGCUGAUUCGCAUCAAAUGGUGGCGUCUCUGCAUCGACGAGGCGCAGGCGGUCGAGUCCACUGGUUGCAUGGUGUCCGCGAUGGCUCAGAAAAUCACCGCCGCUCACCGUUGGGCAGUAACGGGCACGCCUAUCUCCAAAAACUUAUCAGAUCUCUACGGACUCGUCGAUUACCUUCAGAUGGCGCCCUACAACGACCAUGAUGCGUGGAGGUACGCGCUGUACGACCCGUACCUGAAUGGCGACAAGGACGCGAUGUACGAUUUUCUCGGUAAGGUGCUGUGGAGGACGUCCAAACGUUCAGUGUGGGAUCAGAUGAACAUUCCCCAUCAGACAUACGAACUUCACGCGUUGGAGUUUUCUGCGGUGGAGAAGUUCUUCUACAAUUCUGAGCACGAGUUGAGCGCGAAAACAUUCCUGAAUAUCGCGGGACGGUUCAAUCCGGACCUUCUUCUCGAUAAAAUGGACCGGCAGGACAUGAACAACUUGCUGGCGCCGUUGCUGGCGCUGAGGCAGGCCUGCUCGGACCCGAGCGCCGUGAGCGGCAAGGGCCGCCACCUUGCUCUGAAACGGACAUGCACGUCUAUGAAGGAACUGCUGGAUGCGCUCAUUUCCAAGAACAAAAGCGAGUGCGAGGACAGGCUGCGCGCCUUGAUAUCCGCCAUUAACGGUCUGGCCGGCGUGUAUCUGCUGAUGCAGAAGCCCGAGAACGCGAUCAGGGAGUAUAGGAAGGUCUUGCAGUUGGCCUCGGAAAUGUCGGGAGAGGAGAAAAAGGGCAAACUGACCAUAGAUAAGUUGCCGUUGAUACACGCUAUGCAUAACUUGGCGGAGGUGCUGGAAGCGCAUCCCCCUACUUCCGAGCAUACACUGCGAGACGACACGCUGCGGAGGGACUGCGCCGACCUGGAGCAACGCUACAUCGACAAGUUCGUGUCAGAGUGCGCGUCCGCCCGGAGCUCGGUGGCCGCAAUCACGGGCAACAUCGUCAAGACGCAGGAACAGUUUUUGCUCGAGGAGGGGCAGUGGUUCUCCCGCGGUCUGGUGUGGGUCCAGGCGAACGACCUCGAGGACGAUCUGCUCAACAGGAUCGAGGCGGCUGCGGAAAACGCCAACGUCGACGGCAAGCUGGUCGGUCGUUCCCCGAUGAUGCUACUGGUAAACGCCGACCGUUGGCGCCAGGACAUCGAUCAACUGCGCGCCAGCGCGUUCGACGCCGUCAACAGCCUUUACUACGAGGGUGACAGCCCGGGAAGCAUGGUGAUCUCUGCGGACAUCGUCACGCAAGCGAUGAAUUGCCACCUGCGGCCCCAGAAGCAAUCGAAAACGUCCAAAAAGUGCAAACUGUGCCUGGCGAAUUGCCGCUUAAAGGAUUACGAGGUCCGCCUCUUCCACAUGAAGAAACGCGUAGAGAUGUUCAUCGACAUGGGCCUGACUGGCAGCUGGAAGCCGACCGUGGAGGAGUUGCUGCUCAAAUCGUUGCUCGCACUGCUCAAAACAAAGAACGGACGGCCAGAGUUAAUAGCCGACGGUGAGAUGGACGUCGCAUUGUUCGACCUCUUCAAGAAGGAGUUCAAGGAGGUGAGGAGGUUCUGGACUCUCCUGGACCAGUUGGUGUGCGCCUACGACGAGCUAGACAUCUGCAAGGUGCGAAUGCAAAUGAAAACCGAGGACGCGUUCCCGGGAGGGAGGUUCAACAUCGAGCCGAACCGUAUUCUAAAGAAUUUAAGCUACGAGCCGGCUGUCGCGCACGAAAACAUCAACUUGAUCUACGAAAGCCAGUUGCCCAUGCAGGAAGAGUCGCUGCGCUCGGACGAGAUGUACAAUUCCGAGCAGCUAAAUCAGCUGCUCGGUACCCGGAACUAUCUCGAAACGUUGAAGAAGCAGCAGUACGAGGGCCAGAGUCCUGAUCCGUGUCCGGUCUGUAAGGGCGCUCUUGAGAAAAACUGGACCAUCUUGACGUGCGGCCACUGCUAUUGCCUCGACUGUUUCAAGAGGCUCCUCGAACGGUUUUAGCAAUGCUGUUCGGUUGGAUGCGGUAAGGGCGUGCUUCUGAUUUUCCCGACCAGGGAUUUUAAUUUUGUUAGGCAAACUCACCUUCCCGUUGUUUUAACCGCGGUGACUAAUGAAGGCAAACUGCAGGCAGAUUUAAUAACAAAUUUACGCAAUUACUCAAACCUCCUUGUUACUUUCGAAAAAUCGAUGAAAUCGAAUGGGUCCCCACUAACAGUAUUAGCUAUAACUAAAAGACAGCGAAAACUUUUGUAUUUAAGGUUUUCACCUAAUGUAUAGGGUGUUGAAGAUAUUCUGUGCUAUAUAAGAAAUGUGUUAGGUGUCUUAAAUUUGCAGAUAUCGACUUCAAAUUGAAACAGUGGAAAUUGGGUGCAAUCAAAUUACACCCAGUAUCUUUUAAAAAAAAUUACCAUUUACUCUAUCGGUAAAAUUCUUCGACCAGAAAAAGUGGGAGAUCCAAUGCUAUGACCUAUAUAUUCAAAUUUUUUUCAAUUAUGUACAAGGUGUGUCGAUUAUGGGCAAAAAAUCAAAAGACUCUGAAAAUUGCCGUUUUCGUUGGGUAAAAUAUUAGCCGUAAAUGAAAAACUCUAAAAAAUAAGAUAAGUUGGUUUAAGCAGUAAGUAAGUAUGUCGAGAGUGUCAGGUUUCGUCUAUCAUACAGGCUGCGCGAGAUACUUGAAAAAAAUCUAAUUGGAAAUCACUAUCAUUUGUACAAAUUUUUAUAUUUAUCAUAGUUUGCCGUGGCUUUGCAGUUUAGCGAUACGUGAAAGACUCUUUAUACUGGGUGUAUGCACAAUACACACCUCGAUUUUGGGAAAGUUCCAUUGUGGUCCGCAGGAGCACGAUAGAAAAACAAUGCGUCCCUUUAUUGACAAGAAACCGCAAAGCGGCUACGCGCUCCGAAGUUGCCCCGCCCAGCUACGUUUUUUCGAAAGCAAUCUUGUUCUGAUAAGCGGGGGCUAUUGACCUAGCGGACCUUGUCACUCGACUAGGUGAUGACUGAUUAUUUCGUGUCAGUUGUCAUCAUAUUCUGGGCACAGAUUCACGUCCACUUUAUUGAGUGUGAUUAUGCAAAUCGGACUGUAGCUUUCAUGACGUCCAGCCUCGGAGAAAGAUAAAACAGCGGCAACUAAUACCAGGGUGAGGUUUUGAAAUGUGUAGGGAGACUUUGAAUUAUGAAUAUAAAAAAAAAUUAUGUACUAAUUCUUGCUUACAAAUUGCAAUCUUAAAAGCUAACAAGAUUUACAGUAAUAUCCUCAAUUUUGAAUUUGGCCAAAUGCAAAAAUUAUCAAUAUAAAAUUAUGAUGGACCCAAUAUUUGAAUCUGAUCGAAGAUAUCCAAAUGUAUUAUGAAUGAAAAAGUAAGAGGGAAGAAGAAAUAAUAAUAAUAAUAAUAAUAACAAAAGUAAUAAGAGUUAAAAAGGGCAAAAUUUCAAAGUCUCAACAAUUGGAUCUUUUACAAGGCAUUAAUUACACCAAGGUACUCGCAAUGUAAAAAAAGAAAGCACCAGAGCAAAAAGAUGUUUCUGUCCACAAAUUAGAAGCAAAAGAUACGUGCAGGUGUUUUAAAAGUGGCCACUUAACAAUUAAUAUCAAAUAAAGAUAAAAAUAACCACUUACCUGCAGGUAUUCUCGCUGAAGACCCUGGCAGAAACGUCAAACUUGUCUGGUUUUCAUUCUAUAUCAUUAGUUGACUUGUUAUCAGUAAAACCAAUCUGGCAAUUAGAUAUUAUAUGAUUUUUAGUAAAAAAGAAAACCAGCCGAAGGCUUUUUCGAAGAUUUAUUUUACAUUAAAAUAAGACUGUAAUUCUCAAGAAUAUUUUUUUCUCCUUUUUUUAAGUGGGUUUUAUUAAAGCAAUUUUGAAAUGAGAAAGCCACUUACCACUUGUAAACAUUAGUUUAAUAAUAUGGCAGACUGACAUGGACAUGAAUUUCUUUCAAUAGAGAAGAUGUAAUUUUGCCAAACCCCGGCGCCGAAUCAAAUUUUAACAGGGUUAAGAAAAAUAGAACGUUUAUUAGUAAUAACGAAAUUUUCAUCUGUGAUUAUUUGCUGAUUGUUUUUCAAUACUUUUUACACCAUCUUCUCGCCCACAGUGACAUAAAGUUCACUGAAAAACUCGAUAAUUCUAUGUAUAUAUUUCUUUCAGGUAGCUUAUUUUCGUUUAAAACUUAUGAAGUUUUAUUUUUACAUUUGUUGGUGUAUUCGCUAAUUUUUUCCCGUAAUUUUUUGCUAUUGUUUUUGUCUUUUUUACUUAUAUUUUUAUAGUAUGUAGUUUUUUAAAAAUUAAUUAAUUGUACUUGUUCUUUUAUAUAAUUUAUAAAGUUUUUUUUAUAAAGUUUGUCCCUCUCGUUCAUGCAUACAUAGAUUUUUUUUGUUUAUUAAUUUAAUUUAAUCUGUGGUAAAAUUAUGAACAUUAGAUACAAACUGUCAUUCUAGCCCUUGUUUUCUCACUUUUUUCCCCGCCGUGCUCACAGUCGCGCGCGCCCGAGAUCAUCCAGUGUUGCCUGUGCCGUGUCGAACACCAUAUCCGCGAUGUGGCUUACAUCAAGGCCGACCCCGCCUCGCACGU